UCGUACGGAGAAAAGAACACGCACACGUACGGCUGUCAAGAUCGGCCCCUUCAAGAAGACGAUCUCACAAGGGCCUUCAAUACCCUCGCCUGCACAUAAUCAUUCCCCCAACAGCAAAGGGUCAGUACGAAAUGGAGCAUCGAGAUCAGAGGCAAGAGAACCAUGGAGUUCAUGUUUGCAACAAAUGUGGAUGGCCCUUCCCAAACCCUCAUCCAAGUGCCAAACAUAGGCGUGCACAUAAGAGAGUUUGUGGAACAAUUGAAGGUUUCAAGUUGGUUGAGUCUGAGGCUAAUGCCCUUUUGACUGUUGUUUCAGAUGAUGAUGUUGAUGACAAAAUCUCCAGUCCAAAAGUUUUGGGAGGGAGAUGCGGUGACGACAGUGUUGGCAUGAAAACAAAAUCAAAGGAAUCUGAAGAUGAAGUGUUUUCAGAUGCUGUUGCAGAGUUUUCAGAGAGCGUAGGACCAAAAAAACCCAUGGGAGAUGCUUUGGAUUCAAGCGCGGCCAAGAUGGUGGUGGAGGAGGAAAUCAGUAGCUCCCAAACUUUGAAAGACAAAGAAGUUCUUGUGGAACGUUCAGUUAUUGCAGAAACUACCAUCAAUCAGUCAGGAUGUGAGCAGGAAAAAAAAGUUAAUCAAGAAUUUGUGAAUAUUGAGACCGAGUCUAAAACUCCAUUGUCAAGUUCUUCAACUGAAAAUCAAAAAGAUGAAAGUUCAGUUGCUGCAGAAACUGAAAUCGAUCAGUUAGGAAAUGAGCAGGAAACCAAAGUUAAUCGAGAACUUGUGGAUCUUGAGACAUCAAGCACUUCAACGGAAAAUCAGAAUGUGGAAAAUUCAGUUGUUGUAGAAACAGAGCAGGAAAACAAAAUUAAUCAAUUAUAUGGGAAUCUUGAGACCAAUUUUAGACAUGAGAAUUCGAUGAUUCCAUCCAUUGAUCAUAUAAAUACAACUACUACUACAGGCGACUUGUACCCAAAUGAUCCCGAUACCAUAGUAACUGCUCUGGAACAACCUCAAUAUUCCUUGCUGUCUCCUGAUAGAAUAUGUGAUGAUGAGGACUUUGACUCAUGUAAGAACUCGACAGAAGUUGCAGCAGCAUCUGAAAAAAUUGAUAGUGAUGAAUCUGGGCCAUCACCGAAAAUGGAAGAAACUAUUGAGAUAUCUACAGAGCCUUUGGCACAUGAUGGAACUUUUCAAUUAGUGGUAGACAAUGACAUGUCAAUCCAUUCUGAAAUUCCCCAAAGUGUUCUUUCAGCAGCUAAUCCUCAAAGUGUGGUUGUUUCAGAUGUUAAACCCAUUGACUUGACUCAAGUGACGUAUGAUACUGGAAAAGAACUAGAGUCUUGUAGUUCUAACAACUUAUUAGAGACUGAUAUAAUAAAAGGAGAGAAUGACAAUGUACAUCUACCUUCUGUGUCAAGUGACUUAAACACUUUAGACCAUCCUGAGGCUUUGGUUGAAGAAUUAGAGAACCAUAAGGAAGUUAAAUUAACCAGUUGUGUUGUACAGGACCCUCAUGGAGGAGUCAGUGGUUUAAAAGACAAAUCUAAGGAUCCCAUUCCCAAAGGGAGUUAUUUUAAUUUGCAGGCAGAACCAUUUGAUCAAGUAGCUUCUUUCGACACAAAAAUUAUGGAAAGUAGGCAAAAACAGGAAGAAGUGGUCAAGAAUGUGUCAGUUGAUGUGAAAGGUGAUUGUUCUAGUCAUAGUGGCCAGGAAGCAGCAGAAAUUCCCAUUCAAGAAACGAAUGCAGCUCAGAUUAAGAAUUUACUGAGUGAAAAUGAAGGGCACAGUAAGAGUCAAAUCUUAAGUGAUGUUGCAAUUGGGAUUGGUAGUAUUCCCUCAGCCUCCCUUUCUUCAGAAGUUGAAUCAGUGGCCCCUUCCAAGAAUUCUCUUGAUAAUCUUUCCGACAAUGUAACAGAAGUCUUGUUCAGUGAAGUUGAGAGAGGAGAGGUUCUUCUACAGGAUGACGAGAACAAGGAAGGAGCAUGCGGAAGAGAUUUUGAGGACACAGUUCAAAUUCAUCUUCCGGUUGAUGCUCAUGAGAGAAAAGAUAACUUUGUUAAUGAAAAGGAUAAAUUUGACAAUUUGUAUAUAGCUGGAGUUGAAGACAAGAAAGACCCUCCAGAGGAAAAGUUUUCAAUGGGGAUUGAUGCCACUCCUGAACCUGCCACUACCAACAAGGAGAAUCAAUGCAUUGCUGUUGCUGAAGAGAUAGCAGAAGAAUCUCCUCGGAAAAUUUCUCUGAUUGAAAGCAUUGGUUCAAGAAAAUUUGACACUAGUUUAGUUUCAGAUACUCAGGAAAGUGUAAAGGAAAAUGAUUGUAGUAGUUUUGUUCAUGUGGUAUGCCCUACUGAAGUAAAUGCUGACUAUGGGCAGUAUCAUAUUGGAGACUCCAACUCAGUUCAAGAUUCUUCUGUCGUCCAUGCCAUUGCCAACAGAGAGGGAAAUCUGGUUUCUGUCAGUAAUGAAACUGUCGCUGGUAAAUCGGACACUUUUCAGGAUGGAAGUGUGACACAGCUUGCUGGAGAUGGAGUUGCUUCUGAAACUUGGAAAGAUGACGGUGCAAAAACUGACGCACCAAAAACUGACGUGAAACCACAGCUUACAUCGUCCCUUCUUGAUGCUUCAGUUGAUGCAAUUAGUCAAACUGACAGUCUUGAAGGCAACUGGGGGUCUGUGUCAGUGCUCUCAACUCAGUCAGAUUUACUAGCUGUUGUUGAUGGCGAAGUAACACCGCAAGCCCGGGCCGGAGCAGAGGAAACCGAUUUGAGGAAGGCGAAUGCUGCACCGGAGAGACAACAUUCCGACAGAUCUGAUUUGUUUGAGCCUCCAUCUUUUAUGACACUGGUUGAACCAAAUGGUGGUGGAAUUCCAAAUUCAGCCACUACCGAAAUCCAGACUGCACGAAACCGAGAGCAGCCAAAUCCUACAUCCCUACAAGCUGGCUGGUUUCCAUCUUAUACUCAUGUUGCAAAUGACUCGCCUGGAAGAAAGAAGAAUGAAGCAAUCAUCGCCAAGGUGACAAACUGGAGUGCGGGAAAGCCACACACUGCUCUCAAGAACCUUUUGGAUGAUGCUGCACUCGAAAACAAGCAGAAAUCAUCACCAACCCAAAAAGAUAAUCUGGCUUCCAUGAUUCAGAAAGAUGAAAAACCAAUGAAAAAGGUCGACUCUAUUCCGAAAAAGGUCGACUCCAUUGCACUGCCGAAUUCUCCUACCUCACAGUUGGUAAACAGGGAGUUUGCAAAUGAGUGGAACUCUCCUGCAAGAUAUCCAUCAGACAUCAGGAGAGAGAGGAGAAAAGGUAGGCCAUAUUGGGCGCAAUUUGUAUGCUGUUCUUCAGUGCAUUAGUAGGGUUAGAUUGUUGAAUGUUGAGAUGAAUGUUAUUUAGCUGUAUGAUCUACUUCUAUAGAUUACUCAUAUAUUACUGCUAAAUUUUCAGGAUGCUUUGUUUUUUGUGGCAAUUGUUGGCUUCUUUUGUCAAAUUCAUACUUUAUUUUUUUUUCUCUAUGUUUGAUUUACAUUUGGACAUUCCUAUAGUUAUGUUGUGAUAAAUGGCUUUGAUAGUGAGCCUAAUUCUUUAGAAGUUUAAACUGUAAGGUCUUUCUGGAAUACCAGAAUGUAUCUUGAUCAUUGAAUAACUUCAUAAAACAUAUCUACUUCACAUCA